GUAGGCAGUCCCUCCCUCGGACAGAUCCAAGUCAAUUUCUCCAUUCCCAAGCCAGCCAAGGAAUCCCGCGUCGGGAUCGGCCAGGGCGGCUUAAGCGGCUGGGCUCCUAGAUUCAUCCGAGGUGGGGAAUGGGGGAGGGGAUCAACGGCGACGCCUGCCUCGCCGCCGCGCCGUACGACCACUGGGUUCUGCUCGGCCCCGCCGGGGGGUCACCGCGCCCGUCCGCGCGAUAUAAGCAUGCUGCGCAAGUGGUUCAAGAUAAACUGUAUGUGGUGGGAGGAAGUCGCAAUGGCCGCUCUCUGUCAGAUGUCCAGGUUUUUGAUUUUAGGACAUUCACGUGGUCAGCGUUAAAUCCUACUAGGGACUCAAAUCAGCUGAAUCUUGAAAAUAAUGCCACAGGUGGAUCAUUCCCAGCAUUAGCAGGCCACAGUUUGGUCAAGUGGAAAAACAAUCUUGUGGUUGUAGCUGGAAACACAAGGUCAUUGUCAUCAUCAAAUAAGGUUUCAGUCUGGCUUAUUGAUGUGGAAACCAAUAGCUGGUCUGCUGUUGAUACUUAUGGAAAAGUCCCAACAGCUCGAGGCGGUCAAUCUGUAUCCCUACUUGGUUCUCGGUUACUAAUGUUUGGUGGAGAGGAUAACAAGAGAAGGCUACUGAAUGAUCUUCAUAUACUUGACUUGGAGACAAUGAUGUGGGAAGAAGUGAAAACAGAGAAAGGUGGUCCGGCUCCUAGGUACGAUCAUUCAGCUGCUGUUUAUGCUGACCAGUAUCUUCUGAUCUUUGGUGGCUCUUCACACUCUACUUGCUUCAGUGAUCUUUACCUACUUGACUUGCAAACUCUGGAGUGGUCUCAACCUGACACCCAAGGUGCACAUAUAGCUCCUAGAAGCGGCCAUGCUGGUACUAUGAUUGAUGAAAACUGGUACAUUGUUGGUGGUGGAGAUAAUGCAAGUGGUUCCACUGAUACAAUUGUAAUGAAUGCUUCCAAGUUUGUCUGGUCAGUGGUCACCAGUGUCUCUUCUCGAGAUCCACUAGCUUGCGAGGGUCUCACCCUUUGCUCAACCACAGUUGAUGGAGAAAAAUUUCUAAUCGCCUUUGGUGGUUACAAUGGGAAAUAUAGCAACGAGAUCUUUGUUUUGAAACUCAAAGCAAGAAAUUUAGUUCAACCUCGUCUUCUCCAGUCACCAGCUGCAGCCGCUGCCGCAGCUUCUGUAACAGCUGCAUAUGCUGUAAUUACUGCUACAGAUGAGAAAACCAGAGAUAUUGUUGCUACAGAUGAUUUUGACAUCAAGAAAGCUCAACCUGCAAGUUCUUCAAAAAAGUUUGUCGCUGAAAUUGAUUUGGUUAAUGGAGAGAAAGAUAAACUAGAGUCUAGAUUGGCAGAAGUUCGUGAUGAGAACUCAAAACUAAAGGAUAAACUAGACCUGGCAAACUUGUCAUACGGUGAACUAGCAAAGGAACUUGAAUCAGUUCAAAAUCAACUAGCAGCAGAGGGUUCAAGAUGUCAGAAACUUGAGUCCCAAAUUGCUGCUGCACGUAAGAGAUUGGAAUCUGCUGGUUCUUUGGAGAAUGAGCUGGAAGUACUGCGGCAACAAAUAUCUCAGGUGGAACAAACCAUGGCAAGUACUCAGAGACAAAAAUCUGGGGGCGUUUGGAAGUGGGUGGCAGGAAGUGCAGAGGUUGACAAGCAGCUUGGGAACAGGAAAUGAGAGCAGAGGAUCUGCUACAGUUUUGAGACAGCUUGUCUGUUGCCAGUUACCGGGUGCUUCCUCAAGUUCUUGCUUGCGGUUGAUCUUGAAAAGAUAUCUCCCAAAAUAAUCUUUUGGAUCUUCUUAAGUGGUGGCACCUGGAAGAAAAUUUUCGGUAGGCAGGCUUAGACAUUCGACAGUAAGAGCAUAACAGCAUACCAAAGAUUGGGAUUGUAUCACAUUGAAUUUGUGGCGUUAGUUAUUAGCUACCUCUUCGUUUUUGUCAUCUCAUACCCUUUUUCUUUUUGGGCUGACGGUCAGGACAAAUGAAACAUUACAAAGGUGUCCAUUGGCUGUGACGGCUGGGAAGAAAGAUAAUUUUAUGUAUACCGCGUAAAUUUAUAAAUAUCUAUCU